UUUGAUACCUGAAAGAAAGUCGAACACACCCCCAAGGUCGCCUUGGUGCACAAUCACAAUCAGUUAAAAUUGAUACAGUAUAAAAACAGAUGUUAAACCGUUCCGAAACCAUUCUCGACUCAGGAGAGGAACGGACAGAAUAACGUAGCAAUGGCUUUCAAAUUCAUUAUUCUCGCAACCGUGUUAGCUGCAGUCAGCGCUGGAGUGAUCCCAGAUCAUGGAUAUGCUUCAUCCCACCAAAGUAUCACGCAUCAUGCUGCCCCGAUCCACGCAAUCCACGCCGCUCCAGUGCACCACGUGGCUGCCAUCCACGCUGCUCCAGUCCAUCAUGCCAUUGUGAAGGAAGUUGAGCAUCAUGCCCCAGCCCACUACGAAUUUUCCUACUCUGUUCAUGAUGAACACACCGGAGAUAUCAAGAGCCAACACGAAACCCGCCAAGGAGACGAAGUGCACGGACAAUACAGUUUGUUGGAUUCCGAUGGCCAUCAUCGUGUUGUUGACUACCAUGCCGAUCACCAUUCCGGAUUCAACGCCGUAGUCCGUCGCGAACCGUCUCACGUUAAAAUUGCCCAGCCUGUGCACAAAGUGAUCGCUCAGCCGGUGCACAAAAUCAUUGCUCAACCCGUUCAGGCUAUCCAUGCUCCGGUGUCCCAUGCAACCAUCUCUCAUCAUGCUGAACCAAUCGCGCACAGUACCCACCAUGUUGCCCCAGUGUCGCAUGCCACCAUCUCGCAUGUUGCCCCAAUCGCCUACCACAGCGAGGCUCCCAGCCAUUACAGUCAUCAUUACUAAAUAGUAAUCGGUAGCAAAAAUGUCUUACUAAUCAACGAAGGUCCUGUGUUUGUGAAGUAUAAUAAUUUUAUGAAAAGUGUCUUUUAAAUGUGUAAAUAAAUUAAAUAAAUUAAA